AUGGAAGUCCGCGUGCCCCUCGUUUCAAGUGAUGGGCCAAGGCACCAUACUUUAACCCCACUCAGAGCGUUGAGGGGUGUGAUUUGUAUGCUUGUGUUACUCUUAACAGCAUUUAUAACGUUAGUGUACAUUGUCUUUUUGACGGCGGUUAUCCUUAGAAUUUUCAGCUUACAUUACAGCAGGAAAACAACAUCCUUUUUCUUUGGCAGUUGGCUAGCUUUGUUGCCUUUUCUGCUUGAAAAAAUAAACAAGACCAAAGUGGUCUUCUCUGGAGAUUGUGUUCCUGUAAAGGAAAGAGUGUUGGUUAUUGCGAAUCAUAGAGUAAAGGUUGAUUGGAUCUACUUGUGGGAUUUUGCAUUGCGUAAGGGAUACCUUGGUUACAUGAAGUAUAUUGUUAAGAGCAUUGCCAUGAAACUGCCUGUAAUUGGUUGGGGAUUUCAUGUUUUGGAGUUCAUUGCAGUGGGGGGGAAUUGGGAAUUUGAUGAACCAACCAUAUGCAAAAUGCUUUCAACAUUUAGGGAUCCUCAAGAUCCCCUUUGGCUUGCUGUUUUCCCAGAAGGCACAGAUUUCAGUGAACCGAAAUGUAUUGAAAGUCAAAACUAUGCUGCUCAAAAUGGACUGCCCAUCCUGAGUAAUGUCCUGCUUCCAAGAACAAAAGGUUUUUGUGCCUGCUUGGAGGAAUUGAGAGGCUCAUUGGAUGCAGGUUGCUAUGGUUUCAAAUUUGCAUCUAUUGAUCCUUGUGCUGAAGAAGUUAUUCCGCAUCUUUUUGACAAUCUGCUUCCUGCAGUUUAUGACCUAACUAUUGGGUACAAGCAUCGGUGUCCAUCUUUCUUGGACAAUGUCUUCGGGGUGGAUCCAUCUGAAGUUCACAUUCAUGUUCGGCGUAUUCCUCUUACUGACAUCCCAGCAUCCGAAGACCAGGCUGUUUCUUGGUUGAUAGAUACGUUUUGUCUCAAGGAUCUGUUGCUCUCAGAUUUUUAUUCACAAGGUCAUUUCCCUCGUGAAGGAAUAGAAGGAGACCUGUCUACGGUGAAGUGUUUGGUAAACUUUAUUUUCAUAAUCAUCUUGACCAGCAUAUGUACUUUGUUCACUUAUUUUUCAUCCCUCUGGUUCAAACUGUAUAUUUCCUUGGUAUGUGCAUAUCUUGUAUGUGCUACUUACCUUGAUUUUCGACCAUUGCCCAUUAUGGCCUUGUGA